UCCGGGAAGUCGAAGAAAAACGCCCGCACCCUCCCUAUUCCCGUCCCUAUUCCAAAUCUCACGAAGAAGUCGAGGGGUCGUCGGGUUCCGACUGUCCAGACCAUCAGCAACUGUGCACGGGGUCAACGAGAUGCGGGACUGAGCGCUCGCAUCUAUCUUUGUGACGUCAGCGGGUGUGGGAAGUGUUUUGCGAGGGGUGAGCACCUCAAGAGACAUAUCAGAAGUAUCCACACCCAUGAGAAGCCGCACAGAUGUCCUUUUCCUGGAUGCGGCAAGGAAUUCAGUCGUCAUGAUAAUCUCGGUCAACAUACGAAAGUACACAAAGACUCCCCGAAGCUCCUUGAU